AUGAACACUCCCAUCCAGACUAUGGUGGAUCGACGAGCUGUGGUCCACGCAUACCGUCACCUCUACCGACAGGGGUUGAAAGCGAUCCAAUAUUCGACACCUGGCCGCUAUAUGGUCCUCAAGACAUUACGCACAUCCUAUCGUUCCCCAUCCGAGAAAUUUGACCCUGCAAAGGUUGCUAAGACGCUUCAAUUUCUCGAACGAGCCACCGAGGUAGCAGGCAUGGAACAUAAGAUAUUGAGGAACAUUUUGAUGGCUAGGUAUUGGGAGCAGGAUCAUCUCACAAAGGAUUCCCGUCUACGGAGCUUGGGACUCGGCCAUGUAGAGAACCAGUUGCGGACAAGUGCCUCUGACCAUUUAAAUCUGACGCUUGACCGUUUGAAUGAAAGUCUAGGGACGUGUCUCAGGUGA